AUGUGGGAGCAAUUAGAGGAUAAAGGGCUUUUAAAAGGAAUGGACGAAAAACAACUAAAAAACAAAAUAAAGAAUUUAAAAGAUGUGUUUCGUCAAGAACUGGCCAAGAUACAACGAAGCAAAAAAAGUGGCUGUGGAACAGAGGAUAUUUAUACUCCAAAGCUAACAUGGUUUGAAGCUGCCCAUUUUUUCGCUGAAGUUUUGUCAACAAGGCAUAGUAAUUCAAACUUGACUCUACCCAGCACACAAAAUAUAUCUGAGGAAAUCUCAAAUUCUCAAAUUGAACAGCGUGACGAUGAAGAACCCGAUACACAGCCCAAGGAACAAAAUAUAAAACCCUCAGAAGGGAUGGGACCCCCUAAAUCGAAAAAAAGGGCGAGAAAACAGGCAGAUCCAGAAAUUGGCGAUGCAAUCAGUCAGUUGAAUAAAAUAGCUGAAAAUGUAUCAGAAGGAAAACCGUACGACGAAUUUGGAAAGUAUGUAGCUGCAGAGCUGCGUCAAAGAAAUUCAGAAUUCUAUUACACGUGUGAAGCUGUGUGUUUGGGAAAUUAUAAUCAACUAAAUAAUUACUACAGAGAGCCCCUUCAUGUGCAAACUUUUUCACCGUUAUCCUCCCCCAGUGAUCCCAGCCCUGCCUCAUCAGCAACAUAUGAAGCAAAUGUGCAAAAUGACAAAGAUAGCGUUUAUGGUAACGAUGUUAUUCAUCAAGCACUAUUAAAUACAUUUUCGGGGGCAGAGUUUGAAAUAGUAGAAGAAGUUUCUCAAUGA